AUGGGUUGUGCAUAAACUAAACAAAAAUCGUUGAUAUCAAAAAAAAUUCCUAUAUCUAUUUUAAAAAAGAAAGGGGAUGAAAAAUUUAAUCAAACUUUAAACAAUUCAUCAGAAAUCGAGUAAAUAGGAAAGAAAAAUUAUGAUUGUUAAAAUAUUUAACUUGAUCAAUAUAAUGUAUCUCAAAACCCAAUUUUAAAAAGAAGAUAAGGAUCUAUAAUUGAAAGUUGA